ACAUUGAGGCUCGAACUUGACACUCUUGGCCCACAGAAGACCCAGUCACCAUGGACGUGAAAUUGGAUAUCAAGAACCAUCACUUAUCUCUUGCCGAGAGACGUCGCCCAUCAUGGCGUGUGCCCGAGCGCGAAUCGGUCGGAGUCGAAGUGGGACUGGCGACAGUAUGGAUCCACCGUGACGGAAGUAUCGAAGCAUCAGGCUGCAUCGGUGCAGGUAUAGGGAUCCAGGAUCAUGGCCCACCGUGAUGCUAGCUGCAUCUUGGGGGGCUGUGCAGCGGAUAGACUUGGGCUAUGGACAAGGGUUUUGGGCCCAACUGCGAUGACGAGGAAUGCCAGCUUGAUGAAGCAUGGGCGGACUGAAGCUCCAGUCACGAUUUCUGACAGCGAUAGCGCGGAUAACGCCUAAUUAAUUCCCAUCAUGAGGCACCCCGAGAUGUUUUGUUUGUGCGACGGACGUAAGUAAGAUGCGCCCUGAGGGUAGAGCGCGCGCACAUAUUGAGUUGAGUUUUCUGUGCGAGCCGGGGCAAUAUCGGAACCUAGAGCGACUCGUCGUAUUGACCGGCUGCGUCUCCAAUCGGAGAGCUAUGGCACGGUGCCGAGGCGUCAUGUUGAAAGCUCGGAUUCGAGCACCCGGGAUUCAGACAGUAGGAUGCUUAUCUGCGGCGUCGCGGACAUGCAUCUCCCCAGGCUGGGUUGGGUGCAACAUGAUUGAUUGUCCGGGUCAGCGGUGUUCCUGGAUCUUCGGUGAGGUAGCCGGUCAAGUCAGCAGGGCGUCGGCUCAGCGCCAUGCAGUCCAGGGAUGCAAUUCAUCUGACAUUGGGGGGGCGGCCCCUUUGGCGCCGUGUCAGUGGGAGGCCGAAAGUGCAACAAAGAGCCCGGAGGCUCCAUCCUUUGGCCGGCGUAGCGACGAGGUCCUGUGACUGCAGUAGCGACAAGUCUCAUGGUGUGUUGGACAGGGAUUAGGUUUAUGCCGUUGAAACCCCAUUCGUGCUCGCCUGAACGCCAUGCUAGCCCAGCCGUCUCAGGACAGGACAACGGAGCGCUGGCAGUUUCUCGGUCGCGGCUCAACCGCCAUUCUUUUCCAAUCUGGCGGUGAGCGACACCAGCUGGUGAUAGGAGAUGGCGACUGACCAAUCUGGGGCUCGAGUCAAGUUUCAGUCGAACGAGAUCGGGGCGACUGAAUAGUUAACUCGCAAGCGGCGUGUUCGGGCGACUUGGGAGUAGCGCUAGCCAAGAUCGAGGGAAACUGGGUCAACUGGAGAGUAGCC